AAGUUUCAUAUCCCAAAACUUGUUUUCCCUGGAUUUGGUUGCUUCUCUCUCUCUUGCAUGCACCACUUGCAGGUCUCCAGAGUAUUUGAUGAUAUUAAAUCCGAAUCAGGUCACUUUUUGGUGCCUGGCCUGCCUGACCCAAUUGAACUUACUAUAGCAGCGGUUACGGGCUGUGUCAAGACAAACCCAUCUGGUCCAAGAGAUGUGCGGGAUGACAUCAGAGAGGCUGAAGAAGCAUCAUAUGGGUUUGUGGUUAACACUUUCCAGGAGUUAGAGACAGAGUAUAUCAAAGAAUAUGCCAAGGCAACAGGUAAAAAAGUGUGGAGUAUUGGUCCAGUUUCACUCUGCAACAAAGAUAAUAUGGAUAUGGCCGCAAGAGGUAACAAGUCUGCUAUCAAUGAAAACCAUUGCUUGAAUUGGCUCGACUCAUUCGAGCCAAGGUCUGUACUCUAUGCCUGUCUAGGAAGCCUAUCGCGCCUAGCAACUUUGCAGAUGAUAGAGCUCGGGUUGGGUCUAGAGGCAUCAAACAAACCCUUCAUAUGGGUUCUCAGGCAUAAAUCGAAUGAUUUUGAGAAGUGGAUUGUGGAAGAAAAAUACGAGGAAAGGAUCAAAGGGAGAGGACUUUUGAUCCAUGGUUGGGCACCACAGGUACUGAUAUUGUCUCACCCUGCAAUUGGGGGGUUUUUAACUCAUUGUGGGUGG